AUGGGAAAUUUAAUCGUAAACACCACCGUAAGCGGAGUGAGGCAGCUUGAAAUUGAUGCAAAAACAUUCCACAAUAUUGGAUGUCCUCUUAUAAUCACUGGGCUUGCCACCGUUCUCUUGACGCUAUUCACACUGUUAAAGGACACGCAAACACUCACAUCGACUCGUCUAGUUUUAUCAUGUGCCGUUAUUGCCGAUGGUGGUCAUCUCAUUUGUUUGCUGACUUACCUCUGUGUAGUUGAAAGAGCUGACCCAACUCAAGCUUACUUACACAGUAUGCUCUUCUAUUUCAAACGGUUCUUUGAGACAUUUCGUAAUUGGAUUGUUGUGGUAAUGGCUUUCGAGCAUUUUCUCUUCUUCUACAAUCCUCGCGAAUUUAAAGCCUUCUGGGCGGUUGAUUUCGCAAGAAAACUCGCUAUGUUAGUAGCCUUAUCAUCUCUUAUUUUCCAUUCCCUACAUGCUGGCUAUGCCAUAGCUUUUGAUCGAUUUUACUAUCGUCUCAAUAUGAAGCAUACGCUUAGUACACAAUAUUACAUUACCGAGUGGGUGUAUAUUAUUGGUAUGCCUUUUGGUCUGGCUACAAUGAUUUACUCGACAACUAUGAAGUGGUUUGAGGGUGAAUCGAUGCUUCAUAUUCAAGAUACAAAUCCUACUAUGGUUAAGGUGGAGAUGGCGUAUCGGAAUAUUUUCUUCGUAUUUGCGUUUACUACCGUUCCAUCAAUUUCAAUAUUAUUUGUGUACAUUUUGAAUGAAUUCUACCCCGAUCGGUUGGAAGAAUUAGAAACUAUCGAAACUUUAGUUGCAACUUGCUUGACUCAUCUCACGAUCCUAAAUUCUGGAUCGAAAUUCUUUAUUCUCAUCUUGCCAAUCAGUUAUUACAGGCGUUUAUUAAUAACAAUGUUUCAGUAG